AUGUAUUCCGUGGUUGAAUUUUUCAACGACAAAUAUGUGGCGGAAGUGGUUGAAGCCUGGUUCUUCAACGCGGGCAGCGUACUAUGGCCUAAAAAGCACAGGCAGCUCCGCAUUUUGCUGGAGAACAACCAGCGGCCACCGGAUGAUACUAAGGCGUACGCCGUCAAGGUAUUAAAACGUGGCCUAACGCUGGAAAAAGCUCGACAGGCGUCGCGGAGAGCGCAGAAUACUGAUAAUCUCUCCAGUUCCGAGCCGCGCCAGUUGGGUAGGGGCAAGAUGAUCGGGUGUGCUACCAUGUAAUAUACAACUAAUUUUCCUUUGCAGACAUAAUCGCAAACUAACCUCAGACGCCGACGACGAGGACUCGCCAAACCAACCGAAAGAGCCAACUGGUUGGCCAGCUCCACCGCCAAUACUACAGUAAGUAUGACUAUUAAAGACAUUUCGUAGGCCAAGAACGGAGGAGAAUGUGCCACACUUGUUUUCCACUGCGUCGAUUGGACCCAGUCAGUCAACACUACUGUCCUCACUUGAGUAGACAACGCUUAUCAUUUAUUACUUUAGACACUCCACGACAAUUUCGUCAUAUGUUUCCACGAUUACAAUUUCGACGGAAUUUAGCCAGCAGGUGCAAAAGGACAUGGCUGACAUAAAAGGUCAGUUAAUAAACACAAAUGUCCGGCUAGCGGCACUUGAGUAAGACUGUGAACAUUCUCCCUAACAAACUAUUAGGAGAAGGAACGAUUUCCUAGCUGAGCAACUUAUGGCUCUUCAUAGCAGUGUGCAGCAGAUGUAG